CCUGGGAGCGCGGUGCCGCCGCCUGCGCGCCCGGGCUGUCCUGCACCGCGAUUUUCCUUUUUUUCCCUUUUUAAAAAUUUUUAAAACAUUUUCUUAUCCCACUUCUCCCGUGGGACUGGAAGCAGGAUCCGCGUCCCUGAAAUUGCUAUGCCAGCUGAACUCUCCCGGGCCGUGGGAAUGCACGCCAUCUCCGACCUGCACUCCUCCCUCCCCCUGCGGCUCCUCAACAAGGGGCCCGAGUACCUCCGCAGGCAGCUGGAGGCCGGCAAGCCGGGCAGGAAAAGUGCCGUGGAGAGACUGGCCGCCGACAAGGCCAAGUACGUGAAGAGCCAGCAGGUCAUCGGCCGCAGGCAGGACCCCGUCAUCGCGCUCAGCUCAGCCUCGGAGAGCAGCAGCGAGACCUGCUCCGUGGAGAGCAGGGCGGCGAGCCGGGAGCCGGGCAGAGGCGCGGGCGCGAAGCCCCGGGAGCCGGGCACGGCCGGGAGCUCCUGCCGGCCCCCCCUGCAGCACGGCCCCCCCAUCGCCAGGCGCAGCACCAAGAGGCAGAUGCGGCCCGAUUCCCUGGUGAUCUACCGCCAGAAAUGUGAGCUCGGCAGGGGUCAAAGCCAGGACAGCUCACGGGGGAAUUUGGUGAGGAGGAUCUUCAAUGGGUCCAUAAAGGAGAAGCAGUUGGCUUCCCCUGCGUUGCCCAGAGUCAUGGAGGACAUCGCAGCCACCGAGAGCAGCGAGCCUCUCUCUGCAAAAGAUGGUGACCGUGAGCCAAGCGACCAUGGAGCGGUGCAGACUAUCCCUGUUAGCACUGAAGGGGCAGGGGUAUGUACAAAAGAGCAUGAGAGACCCUCACAACUGAGUACACCUCCUGAAGAGAUCAAGGAGGUGAAGAGGAGAGGUCUCCAUCGCUCCCAGUCGGACAUCAGCUCUCGCUACUCCAAGUCCUUCGCUGAGUUUGAAACAUUUUUCAAGUACUGUGGCUUGGAGCAGGAGGUCAUUGAGGAUCUUGGGCGAGAGAACUUCUCUGUGGUGUCUGACAAUGUCUCCUUCAAGGUGCGCAGCAUCAGCGUGGCCACGUCGGAGAGCGACUUCACGCGGCACAGCGGGGACGAGGGGCUGCUGGAGGACGAGCUCACGGAGCAGGUCCCCAGCAGCACCUCCGUGAUUGAGCGCAACGCUCGGAUAAUCAAAUGGCUGUACACGUGUAAGAAAGCCAAGGAGACCAAUAAUGUGAUCCAGGAACUGGCGUGAUGGCUUCAUCCAGCUUGCGUUGGAGCCUGGUGAGCUCAAGAAUUGUUGACUUGGAAGUUGAACAAAACCAGAUGCAGGAAGAAACUGUUCCCUCAUCUGGCUUAUGUGUACUUUGUCCAAGUUUAGUAUUUUGUUGUUGUUUCCUACCUUCACCCCCAUCUCCUGGAAGUCUCACUCUUGUCAAGCCCAAGGAUGUCCAAGGCUGCUAUGAAAAGUGGAGACUGUGAACUGUGCCCCAGCAAGACAGCAGGAGACAAAAUCCCCUGGAAAAUUGAAGUGUGGCAGCAGCUGCCAUCUGCAAUAGUAUUCAACAUCAGCUCACUGCCUCAGGAUGUCAUUCCAGAUGUGACAGAAGGUCUGUUGUGUGCACCCAUCUCUUUCCAGCAAUGAAUUUGUCAACAGGGAUGGGGGGACAAAGUGGGAGUGAAGUGGCAAUGACCUCUGGGUCAGGUGUUCCCUUGCAGACAGACUCCACCUGGAUGUCCAAAGGCUCUGCCUUACCAGAGCUUUUGGUCAGAGCUCAUCCUGACAUCAUUCACCAUCAUUUGCUUGGCUGGUGAGGACUCACUGUGGGGGCCUUGUCUGAGAUACUUGGCAAACUUGUAAGCUAAAUCCCUGCCAAACCUCUCUUCUCUGAGAGCAUGCAAGCCAAAUCGGUGUACCUUGUAUCCAUCUAGUGUGCUCUUGCUAGGUUGUCACACAGCUUGCUCAGCCAUUGGGAAAGAAUAGCACCAAAUACUUCCAGGAAACAGGUAUUGAGGGAGGUUCUGCGUUGUUUCUGCCUUGCAGAACAGUACAGCUCGUUUGCAGUAUGUGCCUGAGCCUGACAUGGCACGCAUGGCAAGGUUUGGCAGUCGUGGUGUAACACCUUUGGGUUUAGGCCAUGAGUGAGCAGGCUGUUACAGCAUGGCACUAGGGAGCUGUGCCAGGCUGUGGUGGGCCACACUUCCCCAGUGUGGGUCUGCACUAGGGCUGUGCAGGGCAGGAGGGCAGGUUAGGGCACAGCCAGGCCAGGGAAUGUCCUGAUGACACCCAGGGUAGACAACACCUCACUCAGUGUCAUCAGUGAAAUGCUUCAUUUGGGCUGCCUGAGCUAAACAUGCUUUAAAAGGUGAUACUUGGAUCAUUAGUGUAGUGAAUGAGGCCUCUGCAGUAGCUCAUGGAAUUUGCUGGCUAUGCCUCAAACACCCCAAUUUGUCAUUGCUUGCUAGAAGAUCAAAGCAUUUCUAGAUGGACAUUGCAAACCACAAAACAAUUAAAAAAAAAAAAAAAAAGCCAAAGCCACUUUCCCUUUCAUUUGCAGUGAUACCCAUCUGUGAAAGCUGCCUGACUGGCACAAUGUUGACUUCAGUUGUUGGUCCUGCAGAGGUUAAAAGCUUUCUUUGUGUUACCAUGGUUGUGGAAGAGUUGUCCUUGAAGAGCUCAUCGACAUCAGCUAAAUAUCAUCUGAGUUGCACUUCCAUGGGUUUUGAGUGUGUUUUUCAGUCCUUGGAUGGUUAGUUCUCAAUUACAGCACCAGUUUGGAAAUGCAAUGUCUUCUGUUUCUAGUGUUAGGUGCUAAGGCCUACAUGUCUGAGGUUCUUAAGAUAACUAGAUAACGAUUCCAGGUAAAAUAAUUGUGGAACCACUUUUCAGCUGGAGAAAACCAAGUAGUUUGUGUGAGCUCCUUCAAACUUAGAGAGAAGGUAGCAUAUGUGGAUAUUUCUUACAUAACGAAAUCUCCGUAUAUAUUUGUUACAUUAUUAUAAAAGGAUGAUUCUCAGAAAACUUCAAGAUGCUGCUAAUAUGAUAAGAUUUAUACACUGAAGAUGCAGGUUUUUAAGGAUCAUAGUCUAGGUUUAUUAGUCAGGAGCAUAAUCUGAUGUAUUUGUUCUGUUCAUGCUCCCAGCAAGAUGCUGUACCACAUAUAUAUUUAUAUAUCAGAGCUAAGGAAUGCUUUUCUUCAAAAACAUGGAUUACAGUACAUAGUUCAGAGUGCAGGAAAAAUCUUUUGAGUUACAAUCCAGUGCCCUGCCACAGGAGAAGAGAAUUAAUUUGUUUUGUUCCCAAGGAAAAUUUUUGUUUCAUUUUCUAACUUCUAUUUGUUGUUCCUCUGUCAGUUAAACAGCUUUCAAAAGUUAAGAUGAAAGAUGUAUUACUCAUGAGUUUUCAAUAUUAGGAAGGAAUAUGUUUAAUUUGCUUGAAAAUACUGAACAUCAGCCUUUCUGAAAAUUGAUGAGGGUUUUAUGGCAGAGGCUAGUGAAAUCAGAACUGGACCCAUUCUGAAUACUUUUUUAAUCCCUCUUUUUGUUUUUGUGGAUAGUUCAAUAGGGUUCAGGUGACUUUCCACACUGAUGUGGCAAAAUUUCUCUGGCUUUGUUCAAACUCUGUGGGAAUCCCAAGCACUCCCAUUUAUUUCAGAGGUGAUGUGGACCUGGAUCUUUUCCUGUUAAGCUGUAGAUUUCCUUUAUUUAAUAAUACCUUCUAGGGAAGCUAAUAAUUUACAUUUCCUAUAUGUCAGAACCAAAAAUAGAUGGCAACCUUCUUUCCUCAUACGUUUGGGAGUGGCUAAGUCAGUGCUUUUUCCAAGUGAUGAGAGCUCUGGUGUUCAUUCCACUGUUACUGUUACGUGUAGAGGGUUCUCCUUCCUUCUGCUGGGUCUUUCAGUCAUACCCUUCAAAACAACAAGAACUUGCUAAUGCUAGCCAAUACCUAUCUUUCUCUCAAAAAGAAAAAAAUUUAUGGCUUUUUUUUUUUUUUACUAUUUGGGAUGGGUGGAAUUUUCCACCUUUGGUGCUAAACUGAGGGAAAGUAGGCUGUUGCAGUUUGAACAGAAGUUUUAGCAGUGGAGCUGGUUUUCCAAUAGUCUAGGGAGCCUAAAAUGGCAGCUGAUGACAAAGGCUAGCCAUAAAUUGAAUUGUUUUGUUUGACUAGAACUAUGUAAACAAAAUAGUCAAAUGGGAUGCAAGUGUACAGAACAAAUUGCUGUUUACACCCAAGUGUUUCAUGGUUCUCCAGUGCUGUGACAAGGGGCAAUGUCUGCAGCUGUGGCAUAACAGGAGAAAGGUACAAAGUCUGGGGUUUAUGGAGAUAAGACUGAAAUCCUUGCAAUAUAUUGUAAAUAUUACUGUACAGAAAUCUAUAAGAAAUACAGAUUUUAUAUAUAUAUAUAUAUAACUUUUCUAAGGAGUAUAAGCGUGCAUGUUUUAUGAAAUUGACCAAGCAUUACAUCGGUGGGGAUUAAGCAGAAACUUUCUUCUAGAGCAGGUUGUCCUGCCAUUGCCUCCUGUGAAGUUUCUUGGAUCUGCUUUUGAAUCCUUUGGAAUAGUGGUUGGAUCUGAUAGGGAUGUUUCACCAUUGUUAUGCUUAUAUUCCUGUGAAAAAAACUAUGUGCUUUUGAAUGCAUACAAAUAAAACUACCACUCUGAGGGGUAA